GACAAAGCAGAAAAAAAAAACGUUACAUUCAAAUGAAAUUCAAAUAAAGCAAAGUAACAGAGAAGAAAACCUAAGUAGUCGAAUCCAAGGUCGACGAAGAACAUCGAUGAUGAUGAACAACAACAACAACAUCAACAUCACCGAUGAUAUCUUAGGCGAUGAAUGGGACGAAGAUUUCCUCAACAGCGUUAUUGAAGCUGAAACCGAUGCUAUCUCUUCCAGUUUCAAACCCCACCCUACAAACCCUUCUUCUUCUUCCACUUCUUUCUCUAACCAUCAUCAAUUCCAACAACAACAACAACAACAACCGCCGAAACCGUUUGUUUCUGGUGGUUUCUCACCUCCUCGAGAGCUUUCUCAAAGACCUGCUCCUACUCUUUUCGAUACUCAUGAUAAAGACAUUGAAUUUGAGCGAUUUAAGGAACAUAGGGAGCCAAGAUGUGCUUCAAAACAGAUUGUGAAUCUGGAAAAGGAGUGCCUCAAGUUAAAGAACGAUAGAUGCAAGAAAGAGGAUCAGCCCAAAUUCGUGUCUUCUGAGAAUGAAGAAGAUAAUGCCCGUGCUAAACGUUCAAAAAGCAUAGAGAAUGGCAGGGAUUUUGGAAUUCGUGCUCCUGACCCUCCUAAAGCCUCUUCAACAUUUCAAAGUGGAGUAUCUUCAAACUAUCCGACUGGUGAGACAACUGCUAAAGAUAAAGGGGUUGAAACCGAAAUAGUUACUCAUCGAGUAGCUCAAGAUCUUCCAAGCGAUGACCUUUCGGCUCAUCUUGACCUCUCCCAGAAUUUGCUGGCAGUAUGGGGGUCACCAAGUAACAAAAUGCUUCGAAGUGAUGUUGUAUCCAAAUUGUUUGCCAGUUGUCAAAAAGAAAUUCAUUAUCUUUUUGGCUACAUGAGCACAAGUCCACCUUCUGAAAUAACACCAAAACCCAUUUUAGAUGUAAUCUCUUCAAGAGUACCUUUGCAUUACCUCAAUGAUUGUUUCCAUACUCCCAAAGUCCAUACUCCCGAAGCUACAAAGGUGUCACAUCUCUACAAUGCAUUGACAAAGAUAGCUCAUGAAACAGAUGUAUUGGAAACUUUGAUACCACCGUUGCUUGAUCUAUGCAGUAUGGAAAAUGUUGCUUUUGUCCAUAGCUCUCUAUGUAUACUGCAUACUGUUCUGAAGCUCCUACUGGAAUCGGAAAAGGAUUUCAAAAGAAGGGACAGUGUCUUCAUGGAUGGAAUUUGCAUUGGGAAGGACCUUUUGGAUUUUGACGGGUUGGACGGUGUGAUAGAUGGGAAGCCCUUUAAUGAAGAUAUGCUAAGCAGAAAAGCGUGCAACUAUCCAAGUGCCUUACAACCUCAUGUGAAUUGGUCUAAUAUUUUUGACAUAAUGCACCACAUUUCCAUGAGGAUCACAGAAGAAAACGUGAGACUAGAGACAGUUUCCAUCAUGAUUCUGCUUUUCCUAAGAAGUAGUGCUUACUUUGAGAGGGAGAAGUUUAGUCAGAACACAGUUUUCAAAACUAUUUCGGAAUUGCUCAAGAAGGAUGCUGGGCUACGUGUAAAAGAGAAAACUCUAAGACUUCUGUACCUAGUACUAAAUUGUCCAAAACUAUUGGCCACUUUCUGCCGUGGUUGCAAAGAGGGAGACAGUAGCAGCGGAACGGAUGACAAUGCAUCUGUGCCAGAUUUUGAAAAUUUUAAAAUCAUCCUUCUAAGACUGGCUGAUUGUCUAUCUUUCAUUAGAUGUGGUUUACUGGAGUUGAAAAUAAGCAGAAAGGCUAUUCUUGUGCUGUCCUUCCUUGCAUCAUCGGGACAACCUGGUUUUGAAAUCUUUAUGGGCCAUAGGCUCUCUAUUACAUUAAGUGUAAACUAUCUUCAGUCAAUUUUGCAAUUACUGUUAUCUGAGAAUCUCUUUGAAGCCCAAGCAGACAAUGAGAUGCCAGAAAUUUUUAAGGAGAGGACAUUUCUUAUGCGGGAGAUAUUGAUAUUACUUAAUAGACUAGUAUCCAGUCCAUCAUAUUCUGCCAUCGUUAUACGCGGUUUAACAGAAAAGAGGGCGAUGGCUAAUUUGACAUUUGAGGUCGCAACCGGCUUGUCUCGGAAAGGAAAUGAAAACGAGCAGCAGGACAGCAUGGUGAAGCAAAUAAGACGAACUGAAAUCGUUGACCUUGCUUGCCAAUUCAAGAAUAGGGUAGAGACGCACAUACCAGAUCACUUGGGAUGAAGUCUCCUUCCAAUUCCCUUGUUUUAUUUUUCUGUACAUAUAUGGAUGCAUGUAUCAUUCUACGCCGGUAGGAAAUGAUGAGAAGCAGAUAGGCAUGUUAGUCUUUGGAGAGUCGAGAUAAAGAAAUAAAGUUCUUCGUUACUAUAGUUUUAGGUGUGUUUUAUACACUUCAAAUUUUGACUGGUUCAGGAACAGGCGCCGAGGUUGGGGGAAUUUUGGUUGAUAUGAUAGAUAUAUCAUAUAUCUCCCAUUCAGAUUUUUGUAUAAUUGGAAUACUUCAUUUAAUGAUUCACCUUUUGUCAUUUGGAUUUAAGUCAUUGAAAGUGAUUUAUCAGUAUUUCAAAA